AUGAAGAUUUCUGUUUUUUUUUGGAUUAAAUUAUAUAUAUAUAUUGUUUUUGCAUUAACCUUUUCAUCAGCUAAUGAAGAAGAUUCAUUUUCAUCAGCUAAAGAAGAAGAUUUAUUUUUAAAUGAUAAUUUUAUAAAGAAAAAAUAUGAUAUUCAUAGAGGAAUACCAAAAAAUCCUUAUUAUUUCAGAAAAUAUUUACAUAUAAAAAGUAGUGAUGCUUUUGAAAAAAAAAGGGAAAAACUUAAAGAGAAAAUUAUUCUAGAAGAUAUGAAAUUAGCAAGUUUAGAGAAUGAUUACUGUCCAUUUCUAAAUAAUUGUUCUAAACAAGAAAAUACUGGGUUUUUUUCAGAAUAUUACUGUUUUGAUUUUGUUUCACGCAAUGUUACAGAUAUAUUUAAAAACUGCUAUAGUUUAGCUGUAUUUUUAAAAAUAAAAGAUUUUGUAGAAACAACUGAAAAUAAUAGCUCAAAAAACAAUGGAACUGGAAAAACUAAACCAUCAACUAAUAAACUACCAAUUGAUGGCUAUAAUGAUUUUUUCAAAGAUUUAUUUCCUAUUUCAAAAGCAUGUUCUUGGACCAAUGAACAUGACAAGUUAACUUAUCUUCAGACCGUUGCAUAUGAAUUUAAAAGCCGUUUAAAUGAAUGUUUAGCUAUACGUGUGUCUCAAAGCAACACAACAUAUUUUGACGCUUAUAAAGAAAAAAAGGACAAAUUAUUUAAAUUUCUUUUUCCAUCAUCUCCUGCUAUUAAUUCACUAUUAGCAACUUUUUAUAUUUCAGGCCCUCCUAAUUUUAUACUAGCUUUUAUUCCAUACAAUAUAAAUACCUUUUUUUUAAAUAUUUUAGUUGCUUUUGCUGUUGGCACUCUUUUUGGUGAUGUUUUCCUACACCUUCUUCCUCAAAUAUUUUUGGGUAAAGAAAAUCAUAAUGAUAUGGAUCUAGUAUUGUUUAAUGAACAAAAAAAUGUUUUUCUUAGCUUUAUCAUUUUAUUUGGAUUUAUUUGUUUUAUGCUAAUAGAUAUAAUUAUGCGCUUAUCUUCAAAACAUUUUCAUAAUUGUCAUAAAGAUAAUCAUAAAAAAGAUGAUAAAGCAGUAGCAGUAUCUACUUCUGUAUCUUUAAGAUCCAGUGAUUCAAAUGAUGUUAAAAAGAGAAUUAUAGCUAGUGAAAAGAAAAAUGAAAAGAAAUCACCAACCGCUUUAACUGCAGAUACUUCAAAAAUAACGUUUUUUGGUUAUCUUAAUCUUAUAGCAGAUUUUUUCCACAAUUUUACAGAUGGUCUGGCACUAUUUAUGUCAUUUCAUAUUUCCCCAAUAACUGGUGCAACAACAACAACUGCUAUUUUUUUUCAUGAAAUACCUCAUGAGAUUGGUGAUUUUGCCAUUCUUAUACAAAGUGGAUUUAAAAAAUAUCAAGCAUUAAGAUGCCAAUUCAUUACAGCUAUUGGUGCUUUUUUAGGAACUUUAACUGGAAUAUUUGUACAGAAAUUUUCCAAAAAUAUUUUCAAUAAUGAAUUUUAUCUUUUUAAUGUUCCUAUUACUGUAAAUGAUCUUAUUUUACCUUUCAUAACAGGCAAGAUAUAA